UCCCCUUUUCAUCAAUGUUGAACAAAACAAAACACAGUUCCAUUAACCAAAAACCUCAAAAACCCUGAAAUGGGUUAUCUAAGAAAAGCUUCAAAAACCCUAAACCAAUCAAAUUGCAUUUCACUCCUAUUCAAUUUCAAUUUCAAUUUGACACCAUUAACAAGUAGAAUAACACAUCAACGAUUUUCCUUAACUCGUGCACUUUUCUGUACCCAAUCACGUCAAAGUAGCACCAAGGAGAAAGCUGUUAUAGAUUUGAGUCAGUACCCUCCAGAGCUUGUGAGGAAUUUCUCGAUAAUUGCGCAUGUGGAUCAUGGAAAAUCUACUCUUGCUGAUCGGCUUUUGGAACUUACUGGGACUAUUAAGAAAGGACUUGGGCAGCCUCAGUAUCUUGAUAAAUUGCAGGUGGAGAGAGAAAGGGGGAUCACGGUUAAAGCUCAGACAGCAACAAUGUUCUAUAAGAACAUCAUAAAUGGUGUUGAUUCUAUUGAUGGAAAGGAAUCACCUAAUUAUUUGCUGAAUCUUAUCGACACUCCUGGACAUGUAGAUUUCAGUUAUGAAGUGUCAAGGUCACUAGCUGCUUGUCAAGGCGUGCUUUUGGUUGUUGAUGCAGCUCAAGGAGUUCAAGCACAAACCGUCGCUAACUUUUACCUUGCCUUUGAAUCUAACUUAUCAAUUAUACCUGUCAUAAACAAGAUAGAUCAGCCAACUGCUGAUCCCGACCGUGUUAAAUCGCAAUUGAAAUCGAUGUUUGAUCUUGACCCAGACGAUGCAUUGCUAACAUCGGCUAAAACUGGGAUGGGUCUUGAACAUGUUCUUCCAGCAGUCAUAGAGCGUAUACCUCCACCUCCUGGGAAGAGUGAUUCUCCUUUGCGUAUGCUUUUACUUGAUUCGUAUUUUGAUGAAUACAGAGGGGUGAUAUGCCAUGUUGCUGUCGUUGAUGGUGCCCUGCGCAAGGGGGAUAAGAUUUCUUCAGCGGCCACUGGUAAAUCAUACGAAGCUUUGGAUAUAGGCAUCAUGCAUCCUGAACUUACUCCUACCGGAAUCUUGUUUACUGGACAAGUCGGUUAUGUUAUAAGUGGCAUGCGGUCAACCAAAGAGGCACGUAUUGGAGAUACAAUUUACCAUUCACGAAGCACUGUGGAUAUAGAACCUCUUCCAGGCUUCAAAGCAGCAAAGCACAUGGUUUUUUCUGGUCUUUUUCCAGCGGAUGGAUCUGAUUUCGAACUACUCAACCAUGCAAUAGAGAAGCUUACUUGCAAUGAUGCCAGUGUCUCUGUCGCUAAAGAAACUAGCACUGCUCUAGGUCUAGGGUUCAGGUGUGGAUUUUUAGGCCUUCUCCACAUGGACGUUUUUCAUCAAAGGCUUGAACAGGAAUAUGGAGCCCAUAUCAUCUCAACCGUUCCUACUGUGCCUUAUAUAUACGAGUACGCUGAUGGAAGCAAAUUAGAAGUUCAGAAUCCCGCUGCAUUACCGUCUAAUCCCAAGCAACGAGUGGUAGCUUGUUGGGAACCCACAGUAAUAGCUACUAUAGUUAUUCCUAGUGAGUAUGUUGGAGCUGUUAUCACCCUUGUCUCCGAGCGUAGGGGUGAACAAUUAGAGUACUCGUUCAUUGACAGUCAACGAGUUUUCUUGAAGUAUCGUCUUCCUUUGAGGGAAAUUGUUAUCGACUUUUAUAAUGAAUUGAAGAGUAUAACAUCAGGCUAUGCAUCAUUUGAUUACGAAGACUCAGAUUAUCAGGCAUCUGAUCUGGUGAAACUCGAUAUUCUCUUGAAUGGACAACCAGUUGAUGCAAUGGCAACCAUCGUUCAUAACUCGAAAGCGUAUCGUGUUGGCCGUGAAUUAGUGGAGAAAUUGAAGAAAGUCAUAGACAGGCAAAUGUUCGAGAUAUCCGUACAAGCCGCCAUUGGGUCAAAAAUCAUAGCAAGAGAGACCAUUACAGCUAUGCGAAAAAAUGUUCUUGCCAAGUGUUAUGGCGGUGAUAUUACUCGAAAGAGGAAGCUUUUGGAGAAGCAAAAAGAAGGGAAAAAGCGAAUGAAACGUGUCGGUUCUGUUGAUAUACCACAAGAAGCAUUCCAUGAACUAUUGAAGGUUUCAUAGAAGUCGAUCGAAUAAAACCGUGCAUUAGAUAUUGGUUUUGUAACCUAUUGCUGUCAUAAGAAGGAAUAGUGAAAGCAAUUUACUUUGCUGCUUUCAUGGAAACUAGUAUACCUUUUCAAUUCUAUCUAAUUUAUUAGUGAAGAUGACAAUUUCUUACAAUUAAAUUCUUGUUCUUUCAUUUGUUGAUGUUCUUUGAUGGAAGAAAUUGAGUUUGAUUUCAUUUUGUAGUUCAUCCCUCAACCGUGAUCUUUUGUAAUAAACAUUUUGUUCUAACAAUUUCUAUUUAGUAAUUAUAGUCUAUACUGACUAGAGUAGUCGAGAAUAGCGGUGCAGAGCGGCCAACUUCAAAAAUAGGAUAUCAGGAUAGCAUAUAUCGGUAUGACCGCUCUAUUUGAUCACUUUUUAGACAAAUGAUAUGUAACAAUUAUAAACAUAUAAUUAAUGUGAACAAAUAAUUCAACUCAAAAUUUUCAUAUAUCAAGGUACACAUAGGAUUUUUGUGGAGUUGUCAUUAUCAAAGUAGUCAACUUGAAAUUGAUCCAUAACUCAUAAAAUUAU